UUUUUGGUAAAAAUAGGUUUCAGAAGGAUGUCACAUUGAUAGUGUAAAAAAAAAUACCGCUCAUAUGUAAAAAAACAACUACCAGAGGACUCGAUAUUGGAAAAUAUAGAAUUUCUCGUUCCCCUUUACAGCUCGGGGAUCUCUCAUCGACUAUGGAAGGAGGAAGUGCGGCGCCGGAGGAGCUGCCGGAGAUCAUAACGAACAAAGACGAGAUGAGGAAAUGGUCACGGGCCAUGAGAUGCCGCGGCAAGACCAUAGCCUUGGUACCCACAAUGGGUUAUCUCCACCAGGGCCAUUUAUCCCUCGUCGAGAAAGCUCAAUCCCUAGCGGAUGUCGUCGUCGUUUCAAUCUACGUGAACCCAGGUCAAUUCUCUCCCUCCGAAGACCUCUCCACUUAUCCGUCCGACUUCCACGGCGAUAUCCUGAAGCUCGGGUCUGUUUCCGGGUGCCGCCGGGUCGACGCUGUUUUCCAUCCCCACAAUCUCUACGACUACGGGAACAUUGGCCGAAAAGGGGAACGGGAUAUUGUCGAGGAAUUGUCAGAGGAACGGGAAAAGGGGCCGCCGGCAUCAGGGGUUUCGUCGUGUGUGGAAGAAAUGGGUGCCGGGCACGAGACGUGGGUGAAAGUGGAGAGAUUGGAGAGAGGGUUAUGCGGGAAGAGCCGGCCGGUGUUCUUCAGGGGUGUUGCGACCGUGGUGGCCAAGCUGUUCAAUAUUGUGGACCCUGACAUGGCUGUGUUUGGGAAGAAGGAUUACCAGCAGUGGCGAGUUAUUCAGAGAAUGGUUAGAGAUCUUGAUUUUGGAAUAAGAAUAGUUGGGUCUGACAUAACGCGUGAGCAAGAUGGCCUGGCAAUGAGUUCGCGCAACGUGCGCCUCUCCCCAGAGGAUAGAGGAAAGGCUCUGUCCAUAAGCAGGUCUCUCUUCCAAGCUAAAUCGUUGGUAGAGAGAGGCCAGACGACGAACUGCAGCGAUUUGCGAGGGACUCUGGUCCAAGCAAUAUCUGGGGCUGGAGGGAAGAUUGAUUAUGUGGAGAUAGUGGAUCAAGAGAGUUUGGAGACAGUGGGGGAAGUGGAUAGGCCAGUUGUUAUCUGCGUCGCAGCAUGGUUCGGCAAUGUUAGAUUGAUAGACAACAUCGAGAUCAGCGGAUGAAGAACACCACAACAAGAACUGCGUGUUCUUCAAUCUGUAGGCUCUCCCUUUUGGGAGUAUAUAGACACUGAUUUCUAGUUAUUUCAUUUCCCCCCGUCAAAUAAUGCCAACUGCAGGGC